AGAAUCUGCCGAAGAGUUGACAGUUCAAGAUAUUCCUGCCCCAGCCUGCUGUCAAACAAUAUUGCUAUUUGGAUCUGCACACGGCAUUAUGAACACCUCAGCGGCCCACCUCAACACCACCACCUCCAGGGUGGACGAGUCCAUGCGCCAGAUCGCCAUAGUGACCAAUGUCAUCAUUCUUGUCUUGGGUGUGUCCGGGAAUGGACUUGUAGUGUGGGUUACAGCAACAAGGAAGAAGCGCUAUAAUUUUACUUCAACCUGCUAUCUCAACCUGGCUGUGGCAGACUUUCUCUUCUCCUUUGGCCGCAUCCCUGCCCUAGUACAGGAGGUCAUGUACAACCACUGGCCCUUUGGCAAUGCCUUGUGCAAACUUCAUACUUUUGCACGCUACCUCACAGUCUUCACCGGAGUCUUCGUCCUCACUCUCAUCAGCGUAGACCGCUGCCUGCUGAUAGCACAACCUGUCUGGGCCCGAAACCACCGAGGUCCUAGCUUUCAGGCUGUGUUGUGUGCCGGGGCUUGGAUCUUAGCUUUGCUCUUCAGCGUCCCCUAUCUGGUGGUCCGGGAAGUGACCCUUAAAGACGGAGCACUGUAUUGUGGCUAUCGGAAAGAUCUGAGGAUUUCCACAGAGCUGCCACUCAGACUAAGCAGGUUCUUUGGGGGCUUCCUGGUACCUUUCAUCAUUAUUAUGUCAGCCUACUUGGUUCUGAUUUUCAAGCUUCACAAACGGCGCUGGGAGGGGUCACACCGAACCUUUGCUCUGGUGGCCACCAUUGUCGUGCUGUUCUUUAUCUGUUGGCUUCCUCAUCAUGUCGUCACACUUAUCAGCAGCAUGGGGGGCUCCAAGGACUCGUGGGGCAUUGCACUCAAGCUGUCAAAUGCUCUGGCUUACCUCCACAGCUGCAUCAACCCUGUGAUCUAUGUCUUGGCGGGUUAUAUCCGAUACCGAGGCCUCCAUCGCCGAGCCUCCUUCCUAGGGCUGUUCCGCAAGGCUCUAACUGAAGAGGAUGAAAACUCCACAGGGACUGAUGUGACACGGAGCCUUAAUCGGAAAACACAGGGGAGUUAGUCACUUGCAUUCUAGUCUCAUCAAGGAGGCCUAGGAGGCAAGGCUCCUAGCUUUUAUCCAUGUCUGCAAAAUACAUGGAAAAUGUAAUAUCCAUCACAAGAGAACUGGUAGUCUUCAUUUCAGCCAUGGACCUCUGAUCUUCUUGAUACCAGAGACAUUUUUGGUCAUACUGCUUAAGGCUCGUUGUAAAUUAAGGUUGAUAUCCUCGGACAAGAUACUUGAAAUUUCUAAUUCAGAUCCCCUAUCUUUUUCAGUUCUUCUCAGAUGUGUG